AUGCGUAAGCGAGGCGGCAAGAUGGAUCAGGAGCAGGUCCAGGAGGAAGAGCAGGAGGAGGAACAAGAGCAAGAGCAAGAGGAGGAGCAGGAGCAGGAAGAGGAAGUCGAGCGUGAAGAUGAGGAGGAAUCAGCUGUCGACCAGAAGUAUUCCAGAGAGGAUGAAGGUGAAGUUGCUUGGAAUCCAGAGCUGCUUUCCCACGAGCCGAACCUCCACGACCACGCAUUUUACCGAUGCUGUGAUGGACUUUCCGUGUUCAACGGCAAGCUGCUGCAGGCACAAAAGUGCCUGAACUUCCCCCAGUGGCUCUUGGCAUCCCAGAACUAUUUGCGACAGCAGUGGCGACUGAAGAGUGUGCGACGCUUGAAGAGCAGCCUGAUGCUAGUUGAGUGGGUGCCAGGAGGGCGGACGAAAGACAUGUGGCAACAGCUGCAGGGCGUUGCAGUCGAGCAAGCGCUGAGCGCCGCUCUCAACGCUUGUGAGCUGGACGGUAUUGAGGAGCUGACUGAAGGUCAGUCGAAGUCGCUCCUGGAAUGCUUGCACAUUUCCCUCCAGCCUGGCCCGAGUGGAGCUUUCAGCGUUCCCAGGAGACUGUAUCAGAGCUCCGGCGUCUCGUGGCUGCAGAAUCCCCUGUGCAAGGGGCUCGGCUUUUGGGCUUUCGGCCUUGUGACUUGGCGCUGUCAUGUAAGGUGUCCCAUGCAGAAUGGACGAUUCUUCUGCCUGGUGUCGCUCUUCGAAGCUGAGCACCUGAGAGCAGUCCUUCACUCGCGGCCGCACUUUGCCCUGGGAGUUGCAUUGAGAGCACCUGCAGCUUUGGAGAACCAGCCGUUGGACACCAGCAACGACUUCUCUUUGGGACCUUCAUUUCAGUCAUAUGCCGCUGGACAGCUGUGCCGCUUUGUCGACUCAGAGGCCUCCUUCAGUGCGCGAGAGCUCUGCGCAGUUGACGUCACCAUCCAGAGCAAGCAUGAUGAGCGCUUGGAGUGGUGGGAGCAGGUGCGGCGCUGCAGACGCCGAGCACAGCGUCCGGUGCCAGCCCUCUCCGUUGCCAGCCUGCUACUGCCGCCAGCUAUCCGACAGAAGGCGCGCCUUGAGAGCUCCAUCACCAAGGUGAAGGCGGUGCUUCGUCGGCGCAGAACCUCUGUGAAGCAGCUCUUCUCACUGCAGGCUGGGCGAAGGUGCUUGCACAUCAGCGUGCAAGAGCUAUCCCAAGUGCUUCAACAAUUUGGACUAGAUCAAGCAGAAGCUGGGCGGUUGGCAUUGGCUGCAGCCAGGCUCAACAGCCAGGCAACCGCCGAGGUCAUGCCAGUGACACUGGACAACUUCCUGAAGCUGAUGGCGACGGUUCCAGGGAGCGUUGUGGAAGAUGAAGUGGAUGUGGCGGAAGAUGCCCUUGAUGCAGCACCUUCUCCAACGGCUGCUUUGCAGGAGAUGCAGAUCAAUCUCGAGGCUGGGCGCUUCGCCAUCAAAGUGAUCUCGCACAACCGCCUGGUGGAAGUGUGGACCUCUCGGAGAAUUCCUGGCUCUGAGGCACGACCCUUCAGCAUUUGGCGGCCUGACCUGAAGACUGGCGCGGCCGCGGGUGGGAAUUCCAUCCAGCAGGGGCUCAGGACCCUGGUGGGCGUAGGUGCAGGGCGCCUAUUCAUGUUGGGUGACGUUGGCAAGAGAGGCUUGGACAUGCCCACAACCUGCUUGGUGGCGAAGCUGAAGCCCUCCAAGAGCCUUCCGAAGGGAGCAGGUCUUGGACUAGGCCUCGAGGCCUGGAUGUCUCGCUUCCUCCCGCGGCCUGUUGCCUACCGCUUGCUUUGGUACGAUCGGCGAGGAGCUGAACCGGGUCCCAGCAGUCCAGGUGCCGGAGGCCUUUAUGUGUGGCGACCAGUUCCUCCCAGUGAUUUGUACGUCGCACUAGGAGCGGUUUGCACCACGGACUCCUCGGAGCCGCGGGGCGUGGAUGUGCGCUGCGUUCCACGCGCCUGGCUGGUCAGAGGAGAUGGCUUGGGCUCGACCCUGUGGAGCUUGGGUGACCGGCACGAAGUGAAGGUGCAAGAGCAACUGGGCGGAGUGAUCGCAUGCCCGACUGAGAAUAUCAGAUAUCUACCCAGCUGGGCAUUUAUAUCUGACAAAUUCUUUGUGGGAACAUGA